AUGGAGGUGGGAGGAGGGGAGAAGUUCGGCAGGCGUGGGCAGAUUGGUAGUGGAUGGCAGGCAGAGGCUGAGCGGCAGGCAGCUGCUAUCUGCCUCCUCGGCUAUAUUCUUGCGUGCUUUCUGUAUUUUGAGCCUCCAUCUCCUGUUUGCCCCACUACAUUACCUCUUGAGGAAAAUCGUCAAGUCAUGGAGCCAAAAGAAAAGCCCAUACUCCUCCUGUGGUUCUGGCCUCUCGGUGUGAAGUUUGAUUACAAAGCCUGCUCAAUCCACUUCAACAUUAAUAGCUGUGUUCUGACAGAUAACAGAUCCCUUUACAAGAAAGCGCAGGGAGUCAUUUUUUACCACAAAAACAUACACGGAAAUUUGAAAAACUUGCCGCAAGAGCCACGUCCAUCUUUUCAGAAAUGGAUUUGGUUCAAUGUGGAAUCGCCGACGAACACAGCGAGGAAACCGGGUCUGGAUAACCUGUUCAACUUAACACUGAGCUACAGAAGAGAUGCUGACAUCACCGUAAGGAAUGAGCUCACGAUCAGACCGACAGAAAUAAAAGAUGACUUUGUUAUGCCGAAGAAAGACAAACUCGUGUGCUGGAUUGUCAGUAACAAAAACCCACAUACCGGAGCAGCUGUGAGAGCUCAAUAUUACCAUGAACUGUCCAAACAUAUCAAGAUCGACCUCUUUGGUUCAGCCUAUUCAGGGAAGCGUUUGAGUUAUGAGGACUAUUACACGACCAUUGCUAGCUGUAAGUUUUACCUCUCAUUUGAGAACUCGAUUCACAGAGACUACAUCACAGAGAAGGUUAACGGGCCCCUCGUGGCGGGGACGGUCCCUGUAGUUUUGGGUCCUCCAAGAGAAAACUACGAGCAGUUCGUUCCUGCCGACGCCUUCAUUCACGUAAACGAUUUCCCUGAUCCAAAGUCCCUGGCAGGCUUUCUGCUGGACAUGAAGGACGACGUGUACGCACGUUACUUUGAGUGGAGAAGGUUCUACACAGCCACCCCUCACCUGCUGUCAAUCAACAAUGAAUUUAUUCAGCCUAUCUGCCUCGCCUGUGACCACAUCUCAAGAGACAGUGAUUUCCAUGUAGUUCAUGACCUUUAUGGGUGGUACCAUUCAAGAAAACCUUAA